GCCGUAUAUCAUAGCUCGAGUUACGACCAUGACCUCGUCACCUUGACCUCAGUCUGUUGGGACCUCGAACGUUACAGGCAUCCAUCUACAAGCCGUGAAAUACUCGAACCUCCUUUGUGAAGUUCAUAUUCUCCACUCCCCGCAGUAGCAAUGUCUCUGUUUGGCGAUGACGACCUACCCUCGCGGCCAAAACAAUCGGCCCUCUUCGACGACGACCCAAAGCCCGCGUCUAGGUCGGGCAAUAGUCUUUUCGCUGACGACUUCCAUGGCGAUGAUUCCCCGUGGGGCUUCCCGACGCCCAAGAAGGCGGCCCGCGGUUCACUAGUUAGGUCGUUGCUUCCUGCUUCGGACGUACCUGAUGCUUACAUCGACGCUUUCGAUGCCAUACUCGACUCUGGCAAUCGCGCGGGUAAUGGAAUAAGCACAGAGGGAGUCAAGAAGUUGCUGCAAGAUAGUGGGAUAUCGGGGGAGUCCCAGUCGAAGAUAUUGGGCAUUGUUUCGCAGCCCGGACAGGAAAGCGCGGGACUGGGAAGGAACGAGUUUAAUGUGCUUUUUGCUUUGGUGGGGCUAGCGCAGGAAGGCGACGAUAUUACACUUGACAGCGUUGAUGAGAGGAAGAGGAAUCUACCCGUGCCGUUGAUAUCACUCCCCAGGCCAACGAUACAGGGCUCCAAGGUGAAUGAGGCACCUGCUCCAGCUAAUAGCCUACCGCCACCGACUCCCCCGCCUCAGCAGCAACCCCAGUCCCAGCCGGCAGUUACACCGAACAAGUCGCGUGCCAUGCGGAAACAGUCUUUCCCGGAUCCCGAGGUGGAUCCUUGGAAUAGCCCGGACUUGCAUCGGGGUCAUAAUCAUACAACCUAUACUUCUGUUCCGCCGCAGACGAAUGGCAUCAGUGUCCCGGCGACUAGGAGGACGACAAGCCAAUUUACCACCACCUCUGAGUCUACUACCACUACCUCGAACAACCCGCCAAACCGCCAAGACCAGCAGUCAAACUCCCUUCCGAGCGAAGGAGGCUGGGGUGGAUAUAAUGGCGGAUCUGGGGAAGGCUUCUCUGGCUCAGGAAUUGGUGGAGAAGGCUUUGGUCCUCCUACGGGCGGAGAAGGCGGUCCCAGCAAUCCCAUUGGCAUUAGCAGAUCCCUCGGUGGAGGUCGCAUCGCCUCAACUGGGGUGGAAGAGGUCAUUGUAAUAACCGCCAUUGCCGAAAAAGAAGGAAUGUUCAUGUUCCAGCACCGGAAUUACGAAGUCUCAUCCGCUCGCCGCAGCAGCAAAGUCAUCCGUCGAUACUCCGAUUUCGUGUGGUUAUUAGAUUGUCUGCACAAGCGAUAUCCAUUUCGGCAGCUGCCUUUGCUGCCGCCGAAGAGGGUUGCCAUCAAUGGUAAUUAUUUAGCUGCGGAUGCGAGUUUCGUGGAGAAGAGGAGACGAGGUCUGACCAGGUUCGCGAAUGCCCUUGUUAGGCACCCCGUGUUGAGUCAGGAGCAAUUGGUGGUUAUGUUCUUGACUGUGCCCACUGAAUUGGCCGUCUGGCGGAAACAAGCCACUAUCUCCGUCCAAGAAGAAUUCUCCGGCAAACCACUCCCACCGGAUCUUGAGGAUUCUCUGCCAAAAACCCUGCCAGACCUCUUUGACACAGUCCGCUCUGGUGUCCGUCGCUCGGCAGAAGUCUACAUCAACCUUUGUAACAUGGUGGAGCGUCUAACUAAACGCAACGAAGGCAUGGCCGCAGAAUAUCUCCGUGUCUCAACCGCCCUACAAUCCCUCACCGAAGUCUCCAAAGACACGUACGCCUGUGACACCAACGACGUUCCGCUUUUAAAUGAAGGCCUCGCUUCUACAGCAAAGCAUCUAGAUCAGUCUCGGAAUUUGCUCGAAGAUGAAGCGAGGGGGACGGAGGAAGGUGUUCUAGAGGAUCUAAAGAGGCAGAGGGAUUCUCUGGUUAGUAUGAGGGACUUGUUCGAUCGACGGGAUAAGUAUGCGAAAGAUAAUAUUCCGUAUUUGGAGAAGAGGAUUGCAACGAAUGAGGCGAAAUUGCAGGCUAUUAGGAGUAAGCCCGCCGAACAAAUGAGGCCGAAUGAGGCGGAAAAGGUGGAGGAGGCGAUAUUUAGGGAUAAGGAGUCUAUCGUCCAGCAACACGCGAGAGGAGUGUUCAUCAAAGAGUGUAUUCGAGAUGAAUUGCUAUUCUUCCAGCAGAGUCAGUACCAUGUUAGUCGACUGCAUCAAGAUUGGAGCCAAGAAAGGGUCAAGUAUGCAGAAUUACAGGCGGAUAAUUGGAGGGCGUUGAGCGAGGAGGUUGAGGGAAUGCCAUUGGGCGAUUGAAAGGCUAUUGGAGGGGAUGCUGAAGUGAUCCGGUUGUGAAGUUGUACGCGAAACGAAGACGACAAGACGUAUCAUCUCCCGGUUCUGUGGGUUGUAAUUUGUAUAUUGUCUCUGGGUAGGUCUCGUACAUAUUCGAGCGCGCAGUUUUUGUCCUUCCACAAUUACGCAAGUAGUAUCUGUUACAGUAAUGGCACUUCGGUGUUUGAAUUCUG